GUUUUGUCGUCCCCUCCUAGCCAAAGCAAACAUCACUCUGCUCCAAAUGCUGAACCAAGACCUGCUCUGCCUCUCCUUCUCUAGAACCCUGAACCCCCUGUUCCCUCCUCCCCUUCGCCUCCCAUGCUCCAGCCCCAUCUCCAAGAAGACCCUGUUCCUCAAACCAGAGCCCCGGUCACAGAGAUCCCUCUGCCUCGGCCUCUGCUCGCCCCAGUCGCCCCGCCGCCGCGAUGCCCGGGCGUUCGCGGGCAGGAGCAAGAAGAAGGGCGGAGGCCCGUCGCCAGGCCGCAUCGAGGGCGGCGCCGAUAUGCGGCGGGAGGCGAAGCGGAACGCCCGGUGGAGGAGCCGGAAGCUCGCCGAGUCCGUCUUCUACCGCCUCAAGAAGCCCAGCAAGAACCACGCCGACAACUUCUCCGAGGAAGAGCUGCAAGUGAUCGGCCAGGGAUAUGAUAGGAUGGUCAGGUUCAUGGAGAAGGACGACCCCAGUCUGCGGCACCCGCACGAUUGGUACAAGUACGGCGAAUUCGGGCCGUAUUCCUGGAGAGGGGUCGUGGUGGGUGACCCGAUACGAGGGAGGUUUUCGGACGAGCGCGUGACCAUCAUUAGCGAGGUCCGAGAUCACGAGGAGUGGGAGAAGAUUGAGCAGUUUGACAUGGCGGCGGAUUUUGGCAAGAGGAUGAAGGAAAUGGAUAAGAGUGUGGGGUUUAGGUACUUUUGGGUGUUCGUGAGACACCCGAAGUGGAGGCUUAGGGAAUCGCCAUGGCAACAGUGGACUUUGGUGGCCGAGGUAGUGUUGGAAGCCGGGAAACAGAGAUUGGAUAAGUGGAACUUGAUGGGUAGGCUUGGGAAUACGGCUCGGAACUUGAUUACCCGGUGUGCUGCAUGGAUGAGGCCCGAUAUAAUCUAUGUUAAGAGACCAGUAUAUCAAUGUAGGUUUGAGCCUCAGGACGAUUUCUUCCGGUUGCUGAUGCCUUUCCUUGAUCCCAGGACAGAGAGGGACUUUCUUUUCGAGGUGAAAAAUGGCGAUGGGACGGUCGAACUGUGUACUUAUUUCAAUGGCUUGUGCAAGAUUCUCAGGGCGAGUCCCAAGGCCUUUGUAGAUGAUGUGGUUAAGGCUUAUGAGAAGUCGAGUGACGAGAAGAAAAAUGAGUGUUUGGAGUUCUUGCUGACAAAUCAUCCUGCUGAGUUGUUGCAUCCAUAUACAAAGGAGUGGAAAGCUAAGUUGGAGGAGAUGGAAUUGGGUUGUGAUGCUCCUGACGAUGAAGAUGAAUGGAGUGGUAGUAAAAGUGACAAUGAGAUUGUAGAUUGGAUAGAGGAUGAUGGGAGUGGUGAUAGCGCUGAUGAUGACGAUGAGGAGGAGGAGGAGGAGGAAGGUGAUCGUGAUGAUACAGUGAUGGAGUUGGAAGAUGGUGGAGAUGAUGAAUCGGGUAUAGAAGAAGACAACUCCAACGAAGAAGAGGAUGAGAAGUAUUGGCAAGAGGAAUUUAAUAAGGCAGUGAACAACUCCGAACGAAUGGAAAAGUUAGUGAAGCGGAGCGUUGAAGUAACAACGGAACUCUAUAAGAAGCAAUUGAAGGAAAUGAAAGAUGGAGAUGAAACCGCAAUGAGAGGCGCAAGAACAAAAGUCAGUCCAGAAGAAUGGAAGAUAGCUGGUAUCGGCCCUUGGAGGAAGAGAAUUAGGAAGAGCAAGAUUCCUCCAGAACUAUUUCUGCGAUCAGCAGUUCGGCCGUUUACUUACAGGAAUCUCGUGAAAGAAGUUGUUCUGACUAGGCAUGCCAUUUUAGAUGGUGAUAUUGGAACAGAAAAGCCUGAAUAGGUUGUUUGACAUUGGGAUAAUAGCUUUUGCGCACCUCCUGCAAAAUAAGGAAUACCUUAUACGUUAGAUAUAAGGUACCGAGAGAUAUUUUGAGGGAAAUCUUAUGUUGAUACAAAAUGAGGUUCUAGCGAGUGGCAUGAUGUAGUAUAGGUGUUAUUUUGACUUAUAUUUGUGUUUUAAUUCUGUUUGAUAUUUAUCCUUUUUGAAGCCUUUGGCUAUAAUUUAAGUUGUUCUGUAGAAUUCAAAGGGCAACACUGUAGCCAUAUGGGUCCGCAAUGUGGAGGUAGUAUUUAUUUGGAGAUUGCUUGAAUGUCACUCUCUUUUGCUA